AUGCCAUGCAACAAAAACAAAAACAUUGUAGCACCAAAUAUUCCAGCAGGAGGUCCAAGCUAUCCAAUGGCCUCAUUAUACGUGGGUGAUCUCCAUGCUGAUGUCACCGAGGCAAUGCUAUUCGACAAAUUUGCAAGUGCAGGACCAGUUCUAUCAAUUCGUGUCUGUCGUGAUAUGAUUACACGACGAUCACUUGGUUAUGCAUAUGUUAAUUUUCAACAACCAGCCGAUGCUGAACGUGCACUUGAUACAAUGAAUUUUGAUUUACUUCGUGGUCGUCCAUUACGUAUUAUCUGGUCACAACGUGAUCCAACUUUACGUAAAUCAGGUGUUGGAAAUGUAUUUAUUAAAAAUUUAAAUAAAAAUAUUGAUAAUAAAUCACUUUAUGAUACAUUUUCGGCUUUUGGUAAUAUAUUAUCUUGCAAAAUCAUGACAGAUGAAAGUGGUCAAUCAAAAGGUUUUGGUUUUGUUCAUUUUGAAACGCAAACAGCAGCCGAUAAUGCUAUUAAUAAAGUUAAUGGUAUGUUAUUAGCUGAUAAAAAAGUUUAUGUUGGUCGUUUUAUGACAUGUAAUCAACGUGCUGAUGCUGGUGGACCACGUAAAUUUACAAAUAUAUUUAUAAAAAAUAUUGGUAAUCAAUUAGAUGAAGAAAAAUUACGUGAACUUUUUUCAAAACAUGGAAAAAUUUUAAGUUUUAAAAUUGAAAAUGAUGAAAGUGGACAAUCAAAAGGUUUUGGUUUUUGUAGUUUUGAAAAUCCAGAAGGAGCUGAAGAAGCUGUUCAAGCUUUAAAUGGAUAUUCAGUAGGUGAUAAACAACUUUAUGUUGGUCGUUUUCAAAAAGAAAAUGAACGUUUAUCAGAAAUUAAACGUAAAAAAGAUUUACAAAGACAAGAACGUAUGAAUAAAUAUCAAGGUGUUAAUUUAUAUAUUAAAAAUUUGGAUGAUACUAUUGAUGAUGAACGUUUAAAAAAAGAAUUUUCAAAAUUUGGUACAGUUACAAGUGCUAAAGUUAUGUCAGAAAAUGGUCGAUCAAAAGGUUUUGGUUUUGUUUGCUUUAGUGCACCUGAUGAAGCAACAAAAGCUGUUACUGGAAUGAAUGGUUCAAUUGUUGGUUCAAAACCACUUUAUGUUGCAUUAGCACAACGUAAAGAAGAACGUCGUAUGCAUUUAACUAAUCAACAUAUGCAACGUAUGGUAACAUCACGUGUACCACCACAAAUGCCAUUACCAUUUCCAAAUGGUAUGAGUGGUAUGAUCCCUUAUUUACAAGCACCAAUGGGUCCAUCACAACCACGUAAUUUCUUUACACCAAGGGCUAUGCCAACUUAUCGUCCAGCUCAACCACGUAAUUUCUUUACACCAAGGACUAUGCCAACUUAUCGUCCAGCUCAACCACGUAAUUUCUUUACACCAAGGACUAUGCCAACUUAUCGUCCAGCUCAACCACGCAAUUACUUUACACCAACGGCUAUGCCAACUUAUCGUCCAGCUCAACCACGUUGGUCAUCAGCUGCACCAGCUGGUGGUAUGAGACCUUCAGCAGGUGCACAAAUGAUUGGUAUGCAAAUGCCACAAUCAGCUAUGGCUGCUGCUCAACGAUCAGCUGCUAUGGCUGGUGUUACAUCACGAUCAGGUAUGCCAAUGCCUAAUCGACCAACACCAACACCAGGACAAAUGAUGCCAAAUAAUUCAAUUCGACCACAAACUGGUGCACAACCACAACAAGCAACAGCUUAUACACGUACGGCAAGAAAUAUGCCAUCUGGUAAUCCUGGUGGAUUUCCAAAUUCAUAUGUAGUUGCUGGACAAGAACCAUUAACAUCAGCUGCUCUUGCUAAUGCAACACCACAAGAACAAAAACAAAUGUUAGGUGAACGUUUAUUUCUAUUGAUUCAACAAAUGCAACCAGAAUUAGCUGGUAAAAUAACUGGUAUGCUUCUCGAAAUC